AUGUUGGAUACUGGGGAGCUUGAAUCUGGAAGUGGGGCUAGUCAAAUGGUUAAUCUGCAACGAUCGGGAGCUACUCGUUGGAGCUCACAUUACAACUCUAUAAAGAGCUUGAUAGAUAUGUAUGGUGCAACCCGCAAAGUGCUUCAAUAUAUUUGUGAUCAUUGUUCAAACGAUAGAUCUCAAGCUAAAGCUCAUGGUGCUUGCAAAAAGUUGGUGAGUUUUAAGUUCAUAUUUAUCUUGCAUUUGAUGCAUAGGAUAAUGAGAAUCAGUGAUGUUCUUUGUCAAGCCCUUCAAAUAAUAUCCCAAAACAUCUUGACUGCUUUAAGGUUUGUGUCUACCACUAAAAAAUUUCUUCAAAAAUUGAGAGAUGACGAUUGGGAAGAAUUUCUUCAAGAAGUAAAAUCCUUUUGCUCAAAGAAUAAUAUUACAAUACCCGAUCUAGAAGGUUUGUAUAACACUAGCCGUUCUAGUGAUGAAACUACAAUUGAGCAUUAUUAUCACUAUGAUGUUUUUAAUGAAGUAAUAUAUUUUGUAAUGAUGGAGUCAAAUACAAGAUUUAAUGACAUAUCAGUAGAACUCCUUUCUCUGAGUACAGCUUUGGAUCCUAAAGAUUCAUUUAGAUUGUUUGACAGUCGAAAAAUUUGCACACUUGCAGAGAAAUUUUACCCUCAAGAUUUUUCAAAGCAAGAUAUUAUUACAUUGGAAUAUGAGUUGCCACAUUAUGAGUUAGAUAUGAAAG